AUGGGCGCGUCCAGCUGGCUGGUGGCCACGGUCGCACAGGUGCGCACGCAGAAACGAGCACUGGCCGGCGUGGGCCGUUGGGCGUCGCCCCGCCCGCCCGCCCGCCCACCCACCGGCCCUGCUGCUUCGGCCCCUGCUCCGGGCCGAGGCGGGGCGCGCAGGGCCGCGCGAUGUCGCACGGAGCGGGACUCGUCCGCACCACGUGCAGCAGCGGCGGCGGCGCGCCCAGGCCCGGGGCCGGACCCUCGGAGGGGCUGCUGGACCCGUGUAUCCCCGCACCCAGGGGGCCCUGCUCAAGUGGCGCAGAUGGUCACUCUGCUAGUCGCCUUCACCUGCGUGCGGAGCUCUGCGUGGACGGACUACAGUGCCUACAGCUAUUUUGAGGUGGUCACCAUCUGCGACCUGAUCAUGAUCCUGGCCUUUUACUUGAUCCACCUCUUCCGGUUCUACCGCGUGCUCACCUGCAUCAGCUGGCCCCUGUCGGAACUGCUGCACUAUUUAAUCGGUACCCUGCUCCUCCUCAUCGCCUCCGUGGUGGCAGCCUCCAAGAGUUACAACCAGAGCGGACUGGUAGCUGGAGCGAUCUUUGGGUUUGUGGCCACCUUCCUCUGCCUGGCAAGUUUGUGGCUGUCCUACAAGAUCUCUUGUGUAACCCAGUCAACAGAUGUAUCUGCCUGAUGAGGCCACAGUCUUCAGGCCCUGGAGAGGACCUGCAGGAAGUAGGGGUGACCCACAGGAGGCCCCAGCAUGACUUCUGGACUGUAUUCCUGUGCCAGUUCCCGCACAGGCUGGUGGACACCAGGAAGGCCCGUACCUUCCUCUCACUUGGUCAAGAUGCCCUGAGUUCCUGAGCCAGCUGGACCCUUUUGAUCCUGUCUUCCUUAGAGAUCAUUCCUCCCCUUCUGGGAAAGGAAAGCAGCCUCAAGGAAAACCUGUCCCUCCCUUCCUGCUCUUAGUGACACCUCAGGUACUGGUGACCCCACAGAGCACCAUGGAGGGGCUUCUGAGUCCUCUGCAGAGAGGCACUCUGCAUGUCCUCCACAUCCUCCAGGGGAGCGAAGCUGCCUGAGUCCUCACGAAAGCAAAGCCAUCCCUGACUUGUCAAUCUCGACCUGAAGACACUUCCUUAGGGUGAGGACACCUGCAGAAACGCCAUGUGGUCAGCCCACUGACUCCUUCCUGCCUCUGACUUCGUCACCGUUGCGUGUGUGUUUGUGUGGUUUUUAAUAAAAUAUUCAACUAGAAAUCUGCAAAA